CCGGCAUCCGAGACCGGGAUCCGAACCCGGAAUGACUGCAGACGCGCAGGAGCCUUCCCCGGGGAUGGGCGGCGGCGAUCCCUCUCCUCCUCCUCCUCCUCCUCCACCAGAGAACGUUCGCUUCUCCACUGAAAAGGAGAAGCUCGGACCCGCUGAAAAAAAUCACCUCAGCUUCCCUUCUGACAAGAAGGAGAAGCUUGCCUUCCCCGCCGAGAAGGAGAAGGGCGGCCUCCUUCCCUCUAAUGGAGACUUCCUCGAGGUCUUCUCGCUGGCUGAGAGACGUGACGGAGGAGACGGAGGAGGAGUCAGUUUUGAUGAAGCGAUGGAGAAGAUUAACGGUCUCGGACGCUGGCAGAUCAAGGUCAUCUUCGUUCUCAUCAUCGCCUCCUCCACGGGAUGCCACAACCUCGCGAUCAGCUUCAUCGCGCAGACUCCCGCGGAGUUCGCGUGCGGCGCCGCCGAGCUGGCGGCCGUGCCCUACGACGUCGCCGUCAAUCUCAGCGUUCCCAUGGAGACGACGCCGACCGGGAAGCGGCGGCGGGCGCGCUGCGUGAGUUACGCGGACAGGAACUACACGCUCGCACGCGCGCUCUACGACGAGGACCGGCUGGGCGAGAUUCCCGAGGAGUUUUACGGCAACGAGAGCGAGGUGGCGUGCGGCGAGAAGGGAUGGCGGUACAACGUGCAGGAUGGGUACAUAACCGCUACAACACAAUGGGAUUUGGUGUGUGGAAAGAGUUGGCUGGUUGCAACGGCCCAGAUGCUCUAUUUUGCUGGAUAUUUGACAGGCUGUGUUGUAUUUGGAACAGUCGCAGAUAGGAUCGGUAGGCGACGGUGCAUGUUGCUGGUGUUCUGCCUGAUGGCGGUGUUCGGCUCAGUGAACGCAUACGCUCCUAACUACAGCGUCUUUGCUCUGACGAGGUUCCUCGUAGGAGCCACCUCGAUGCCCAUCCCGUUCGUGUACGCCGUUGAGAUCGUCACACCAGCCUAUCGUAACGCCGUCGGUAACAUCAUACAAUGUGGAUUUGCAAUCGCUUACAUGGCUCUACCGUGGCUCGCGCUGGCACUGCAGAACUGGCGCCAUCUACAGUUGACAAUCUCACUCUGGGUCAUCGUCGUCGCCGUCAUCGUCUACGUCGUUCGUUCCGGAGUCUCCCCCCGCUGGCUGGUUUGUCAAACAACUGCGAGAAGGAAUGUUAGCAGUCAGCUGAGCGAGAUCGCAAGAGUCAACCAGGAGGCGCUGCCAGGCACAACACCAUCGGAAAGUGGACGAGGAGGUGAGGCGGAUUACAGUAAGGCGUUGCCCAUGCUCAUCUUCGGAGCACUUGCCAUAGCGGCCAGCCUGCUGGCACUACUCCUGCCGGAGACGAUGGAUAGAGACCUACCUGAGACCAUCGAGGAUGGGGAGAACUUCGACACGUAA